AUGACUGAGGAGCAGAAAAAGACGUUGGAAGACUCCAUCGCAGACUAUCAGGAGUCUGAGGAUGAAGACUACAACCCCGAAGCUAAGGACGACGAUGAUGACGAGGAGGAAGGUUUUGACGACGAACCAAAAUAUCGACAGCUUGAGUCCGGAGGUUUGAUCCAGACUCGAAGGCAAAGACAGGCGGAAAAACACGAAAAGACAUACGAAAAACCGGCUGAGUCCACAAUCGACGUCGACUCCAUAUGGAAGGAGCUCAAUAAACCAAAGGAACAGCCCAAGUCGGAACCGAAGAAGGACGGGUCGACUCCGUCGUCGACGGAAUCCGCAGACACAGAGAAAAUAAAGAUCACCAGGACAUAUGAAUUUGCUGGCGAGAUGGUAACAGAGGAGAAAUGGGUGGACGCCAACUCAGAAGAAGCCCGUGCGCAUUUCAAUUCCACAAAGCUCAAGGAGUCGAAAGAAUCGAGUCCUGAGAGACUAUUGCCGAAAAAAAAAGCACCUAAACGCAAAAGAGCCAGUCUUUUGGAUGACGUUAUAAACAACGCUUCGAGUGCCAAGCUAACGACACUGGAGAAGUCGCGACUGGAUUGGGCGACUUACGUGGACAAGUCUAAGAUCGGAGACGAGCUGAAAUUCGAAAAUAAGGGUGGCUACUUGGACCAACAGGACUUUUUGUCGAGAGUGAGCCACAGACAGGAUACAAACUACAAAGAAGCCAAAAAACGAGGCUGA